AUGCUGGAGGAAAAGAAGGCCCGGGAUUCUCUGCGACAGGGCUCAGCGGAUGCAGGCCACCCAAAAGCGUCGAGGAUCAACAGCAGCACCCGUAACCUGGCCGAGGGUAAAACCAACCACAUCUCCAACAGCAGCACCCGUAACCUGGCCGAGGGUAAAACCAACCACAUCUCCAACAGCAGCACCCGUAACCUGGCCGAGGGAAAAACCAACCACAUCUCCAACAGCAGCACCCGUAACCUGGCCGAGGGAAAAACCAACCACAUCUCCAACAGCAGCAGCAAACCUGCACGCCGCUUUACAUUGCUAUCGGAGCGUUGUGCCCCUUCUUCUGCUCAAGGGGCCCUAACGAGCCCCCUACUUGGAGGGCUCUCAGGGAGCUCACUCCUGCUUGGCCAGCAGGCUGCAUCCUUGCGGCUGGCUCAACUGAAAGCCCAGCUAGCACUGACACAGAUAAGCAAUGCUCUUGCUGUCGGCAGCAGAGCCGCGACAUUGACAGCCAACUCCAACACAACUGCUCCUUACAUACCCACCUCCCCAACUGCUGCAGCCAUCAAUCUCCUUAACCUUCUCAAGAUUGCAAACACCAUGUCACAUCCCCUGUAUAACCCCUAUGCCCCUGGGAACCAAAGUUCCACCCAGGACAUCCUUCAGCAAUUUGGGCUUGAAAAAGAGGACUUGGAACAUCUCAUCUCCUACCCUGAAGACCAGAUCACCCCUGCUAACCUGCCGUUCAUUUUGCGGCAAAUCUGCAUUGAGAAGAACAAGAGAACUUCUACUGCAGUUCAGUCAAAACCCUGCCCCAAACCCCACAGUCAUAGUUUGAGCGGUUCUGGGGGGGCAGGGACGAACCAGAAGGGAAUGUCAUCAGCUGUUUUCCAGCAGAGUAAAGUGAUUGACUAUGGACACACUGGCAAAUAUACUGGAGCAGUUGGGGAUGAGAUUGGAAAGACCGGUAGCAGUAAAGCUAACAGUGGUGGGAGUAUGUUGCAGAUGGACACUUACGAUAGUAGCCGACAGAUUCGAGAACCGCUGCAAAAAAAUACAACAGAGGUGAAAAGCAGUGCCUUGGGAUCUUCACGUGACCAGACGAGUUCUGUUUCCAGCCUCAGCUCUUGGUAUAGUCCAAUAAUGAGCACGGUGGCUUCCCCGAGCAACGAUCAGAUCAAGCAACUGCACACCCAACUAAAACAGACGUCAGUUCUCAGCUCUUUCUCUCUGCCAAAGAAAGACACCGACAUCAGAUUUCUCAAGUCCGAAGCCCCCAAGCCUGUUCCUUUAAAAGAACCACAGGUAGACCGCCAGUCAACGUUGAAAGCCCAACCGCCGUCCACUAUGUACCGUGGUGUGCAUCCCAGCCGACCUGGCCUUGUGGUCCUUGGAAGUAAUGAAGCCAGUGGCACUAAAGGUACAAGUAAAACUCAAGGACAAGGUUCAACAGUUGCUGAGCAGGUGAAAAAGCAGCAGACACAGAAGCAGCCAGUAUUGCAGCCUGGUCAAGCGAUGUGGCCUCCGUUUUUUUCUGCUGCGACAACAGUUCCCCCUGCUUCUCAAAUUUCCAGCAUCACUAAUACCAUGAAACAUCCGCUGUUUGUCCUCGGUGGUCCUCAGCCCAGUUCUAUUCCUCCAGCUCUGGCUCGGCCAAUCCCGGGCCUGAUGAAUCUUACUCAUCUGUCCCCGCCACCUUCCAAGGUUCUACCAACGGCAGCCAUGAUGCAUGACUAUGCGGCGGCCACGCCGAGAAUCUUUCCACAUACCUGUACUCUGUGUAACAAAGAAUGUACUCGUAUGAAGGAUUGGAUUUCUCAUCAGAAUACCACCCUUCACCUUGAGAGCUGCAAACUCCUCCGAAAACGAUACCCAGAGUGGGAUGGAGAAAUAGCACUAAAACCCAGUGCUGCAGGUAAAGAUGCCAAGCCUUCGCCCGCAACUUCUUCACAGACUUCCCAGCUUCGUCAACAGAAAGUCAAGCAUGGAAGCCGCUCUCGUUCUCACUCGUCUAGCCCACAGCGCCGCCAUGGCUCAGAGGGUAGAAAGGAGAAACGCAGUAGCCGAUCACAUUCGCCGCAGAGAGCCAGAUACACUCGCAGGUCUCGGUCUCGUUCUCGUUCCCCAUGGUAUGAACGCCCUACUUCCUCUCGCUAUCGGUCACGUUCGAGGAGCCCCGAGAGACGGUCGUCACCAAGGAGGAGAGACGAGGAACGGUCCUCACCACGGAGGAGAGGCAAUAGACGAUCGUCACCAAGGAGGAGCCGUGAGAGACAACAGUCAUCGCCAAGGAGGAGUGACGAGAAGCGAUUGGGAUCAAGGAGAAGUGAUCAGAGUCGAUCCCCUCAACAAAAGAACUCAAGCAACGCAGAGAUCUUAACUAGGAAACUACUGAAAUCAUCAGCUGUCCAAUCCCUGUCAAAACAUUCUGAUCUGGAGGCCGUGGUUAAGACGCUGGCUCCUGCCUUACUGGCCGAGCUAGCCAAGAUGAAACCUUCCUCAUCUUCUACUUCCUCUUCUACAGCAAAGAAGGAGUUACCUAAAAAGCCAUGUAAAGCAAAGCCUAGCCCGCAGAAGAGCAAGGCAAGUUCCUUCACCACAACUAAGUCUGGUAAAUCUUCACCUCCAACCAUGGUGAAACUCCAAGGAAUUCGUAGUUCUAUCUCUCACAAUGAUGUGUUGGCUGCAGCGGAGCACUUUGGAAAAACCAAGUCAGUUGUACUGUUUCGGUCCAAACUGGAGGCAAUCGUGUGUUUUGAGAAAGAAGAAGACGCGAAGAAAUUGAAGAGCGUGAACAGCCUCGAUGUUAAAGGAAUGCUAAUCACUGUUGUCAGAGAACAGGAGACUGUUUCUAAAGAGCAAAAGAAGCCUCCUGAGAAAAAGCCUGCCACGUCCAGUGUUUCCACAUCGCAAACCACUAACAAAAGAAAGUUUCUUCUACCUACACCUAACAUGCAUCCGCUUAAAGGGCCCAAAACGCCUUCAUCUUUACCUUCUGGAGCCAAAAAAGCUACAACAGGCAAACAAACAAAUCAGAAAAGUGCAGCUAAAGGCUCAGUUAAAGGCCCAACGACUGUAACUAAAGCAAAAGUCUUGGUUUGCAAGGCGAAAAACGUCUCAACCAAGCCAAUAACAAAAAUGGUAACCAAAUCUGCAAAAAUGGUAAAAACAGGAAAGUUACCUGCAAAGAAAGCUGUGCAAAAGUCCAUGGUGAUGCAAAAAAAGUCCACAACUCCAGAAAAUCAGCUUGACGUAGAAAAUUCCAAGCCUAAAGAAUCAGAAACCAAGGUUCAAGAAGAUGUGCUGAAAGACACAGCCGAUGUUGAAAAAGCAAAUGUCCCAGUUUUUGAACCCAAGCAUCAGGCAGAACUUGGCAAAGCCAGUGCCGCUGAAGAUGCAGAACCAAUGGAGAUUGGGGAAAUUGCAGUUGAAGUGGCAGAACCCAUGGAAGUAGCAAGUUGUGCCAAGAACCAAGGAGAAAAAACGACAACUACAGAAGCUGUACCGACAACUUCAGAGGCAGCACCUGAAAAUGUACUUAGCAGUUCCAGUGAGAAUCAACCACCAAACAGUACAGUUGAGACCCUGCCGACCGAAACAGAUUUACCACAUGUCCAACAAAGCACCUUGUCAGAACCAGAGUCCACUGCACGAGGACCGGAGACAAAGACGGAGGCUUCACACCUUCAACAGCAGGCUGCAGGAAGUCUGACUGAAGUCGCUGAGGAGGCAAAGCUGCCAGAUAAAAGGGUGAAGACAAAGCCAAUACUAAGAGAUGAUGAUGAGGACUAUCUGACUACUGAGGAGAGGGUUAAAAGGUACUUGCGUCCAUCCAGAGUAGCGUGCCUGAAGAUGAACGCAAAAGGGCACUCGACAAAGUUGAGGUACCUUAAAAGAACGCAGUUGCUCAUAACCAACCUGCCGGAGUAUUACGACGGUUGCUACACAGAGAAGGAUCUUGCCAAUCUGCUCAUACCCUUUGGAUUUCAAUAUGCAGAUGACAACAUCAUUGUUGUUCCUCAGGCGUGCAUGGCUUUUGUCAUGAUGCCGAAUAAGAAGGAUUUUUGCAAGAUAUUGAAAGCCUCCGCAAUCAAGGGCUUUUUCCUCAGAAAAGUUAAACUUGGUCUCCAUGCAAUAGCCAGUACCAAUGACAUCAACAUGAAACCGUUUUCGUUUUAUCAAUGGCUGAUGAAGCAUGUGUAUUAUGAAGUGUUUGAUGAUGGAUUGAAAACAAUCUUCAUCAAGAACAUUUCAUGGAGUGAGUCCAACCAGCUCAGAAAAGAUUUGGAAAAAAUCAAUUCUGUUCAAAAUUUCCUGCCUCUACUCAACAAGGUAUUUAUAGAAUUUGAGUUCCCUCAUGAUGCUGAUCGGCUUGGAGUUUGGUUGAGUCUCCUGAAACAACCACCUGGCUACGAAGUCUACAGGCUAAGAAUACCAUACACGAGCUGUACGUCACAAACACCAAGACAUCCUGAGAGAGCUGUACCAGACAGCAAACGCGCUGUUGAUGGGGCAACUAUCCUGCCAGAAAGAGAGUGUGUUCCAGCUGGCAGCAUUGGACUAUUCUGGGUCACCUUGAGAGCUAGUCCUUUCCUGUUCCCCACCAUGUCUCCUUGGUUCAUCAUCCCAGAUUACCUGACAGUCCGAGGAGAGGAAGACAUUGAGAAGGCCGGUGAUCGUGGUUCCAUGAUUCCCACAAUCAUGUUGACCGGUUUACCAGAAAAAGGCUACAAGCACGAGGACGUAGCAAAGCUGGUCUGGCGUUAUUUCCCCAAACAGAACCUUCACUGCCUGUACUACAACGUGAUGGUCUUGAUGCUGCAGAGGAGGGCCUUUGUGUAUUUUCCUGAUUGGACAACAUGCUGCGACUUCGUCCGAGAUCACAUCACAAAUCCAGUUUCUGUCCAAGGCUGCACGCUCUUGGUUCACAUUAUCUUGGAACACAUGCAUCCCGAGUCCAGUGAGGAGAUGAUGUACACAACUCUGAUGAAGUUGAGCAACGCUGGAGUUCCAGACCCAACGUCUCUGGAGGAGCGGUUGCUGUGUGUGGAGGUUUCUGAGGCGUGUGUGAACGUCGUCAGGGGAGUCAUUGAAGAGGUGGCGUCCAUCGCGAACUUUGUCAGCUUUUUGCCGCUCGCCAACAGGAUAUGCAUUGAGAUGGCCGACGGCAGCUGUGUAACCGAGGUGGUGGAGAAAUUCAACACUUGGAGCCAAGUUCUGCGUGUUGAGUGUUUAAAGAGCCUAAAACAGCGUAUACAAGACGUAACUGACAUCACACUAAACUUUGAACUGGACACAAUCAACGUCAAAGCCGAGCCCGCAGCUGUGAAAUGUGAAACCCAGCCUCCUCCUUCUGAACUAUUGGAUAAUGGGUCCCAACUCGCUCUGCAAACCAGUGACCCUGCUGGAUCCACCAUUUCUGAGCCCUCCACAGCAGGACAAAGUGCUAUUGCCACAAGUGACAUAGCAAUGAAGGAGGACUGUGAGAAACCAGGACCUGAGAUCACCAUGGACUCCAUUGUUGAUAAUGAGCCAAAUGAAGAUGUAGAGAAAGCAGAAGUAAAGGGGCAAGAGUGUUCAUUAACAACCUCCAUCUCUACUGCUGAUGUGACUCCUACCUCUGUCGUUAGUGUUAACGCGGUCCCAGCUGCUUCCAGUCCUGAUCCUUCCAGUCCUGGCACAACAGUGCUCAUGCCUGAAGAAAACCCUGCAGAACUUCCCCAGAUUAGCACAGACAUUUUCCAGGCCGUUGUGGCAGCCGUUCGCAACCACAGACUUACCCGGGACAGCAACACCCAGAGGGAAGAGAAGAAGAGCUCCGGAAAAAGCAAGACAAGCUCAUUAACUGCAAAGGAUAAAGACGCACCAAAAAGAAAGUGGGAGGAUGAAUUUACAAAUGACAGCCCUUCUUUAGACGGCCAUCUUUUUCAAGAUUUCAACAUGGAUGACUUCGUUACUGUUGACGAAAUUGGUGAUGAAGUGGGAGACACAAGCCCCAAGCCUCAUAGUUCCUCCUCGUCUAGGCACUCCCCCAGAGCGAAAAAAGAGAGGCAAAGCUCAGGUGUGUCUUCUGUUGGCAAACGGACCUCAACGAGGUAUUCAAAAGACUCCAAGAGCUCAGAUUCUUCUUCAUUCUCCUCACCCAAGUCGACUAAAGGCUCAAGCUCUUCUAGCUAUGUGUCACCAAAAAAAUCCAAGGGCUCAUCUGAACCCACAAAAUCCCCUACCGAAUCCUCCACCUCUACCAGUUUGAGUAAGGCCUCUUCCCCUGGUCAGAAAACACAACAUAGCCAGACAAAAUCUCCAGUCAAAGCAUCAAAUACUGCAUCCUCCGGGUGUAGAACCCGCUCAUCCUCCGCUGUACAAGAAAUGGAAAAGAUGCCAUCAGUGGCUACAGUCAAAGCUUCAGUGGAGACUCAUUCUGAGCCUCUGAGAGAAGAAGCAAAAGACACUGAAAGCACACUGGCAAUAUCUGACCACACGGUGUCAGCAGAGGGCUUUGCUGUAAAAACUGUUGAGUCAGAGACAAAAAUAGAAACAUCAUCAGAGAUACAUCCACCUCUACAGGGACAUGGAUUAGACUUGAGCCAAUCCCAGAGUCUGGAGGUUGGUGUUAAUGUCAACACACGCCAAGGCCUGAAGAAAACCAAAGAGGAUGGGAAAGAAGACUAUGUUGAGAAACAUACAGAGAUGGAGGGGGACAACGACAAAUACAAAAUCCUUGGUCCACUUGAAGAACAAACAGAUGAACAGAUGAAUGAUGCGGACCAAGACGGCAGCUCUGAAGUCCAGCCAACUGCACCUGAGGGAGGCCAGACUUUGCACGAGGAAAGCUUUCAGGUCUUGGACAGUGUCCACGAUAAAGACACAGCCCGCCCACAGGAGGACAGUGAAAUUGAAAUAGACAAUUCUUUUCAAAUGGUGGACAGUGCUACCCAAGACCAAGCAGAUACAGGUCAAGAGGACAGUCACCAGGUCCAAGAUGAUGGGUCCACAGUUAAACACGUGUCUGAGGAAGCAGCAAUUCCUGCAGGUGACACAUCUGAAAAAGAUUCAUUAGAUAAAGAUCAGGAGACAAAUAAUAUAGGUCAAGUGUUAGAUACAGAUAGUAAACAAGCGCCAAGGGACAACGGAGAUGGGAAGACAGGAGAAGAGGAGGACGAAGUCAAAGUCCAAAUAUGUUCAGCAGAGUCCUGCAAAGACUUCCAAGAUGUGUUGAAUCCCGAUGGCCGAAUCCCAAAUGAAGACCAGCUGCCUCAGGACACCGACAACAAAGAUACUUUAGAAACCUUUGAGAUACUGGAUUCAAUUGAUGAUCAGAGCGCAACCGAAGACGACAGCCAAAACCUUGCAACUCCCAGUGACCAGACAUCUAAGGAAGACAUUCAGCACAUGGAAGUGGAGGAAGACACAUAUCAGGUGAUUGAUUCUGUGGAAGAUCAGCCACCAACUACAGAGACUGAGUCGGAGACUGACAACACCGGAAAAAGAAAGCGAGGGGAGGCGACUGCUAGAAAAGAUGAUAGACCAUCAAGGAGGAGUGGACACACAACCACAGCAUCCAGAAGUGAAGAGAAGGAGAAAUCGCCAAAAAAACAGGACAGGAGAUUUAAAAGAUAUGAGACACGGACGAGGUUGGACACAUCUGCAGGACUCUCUAAAAAAGACAAAGAGGCCAACGAGGAGAUGGUGUAUGAGAUAGUAGAUUCUUUUGAAGACAAACCGGUUCAAGAUGUUGCCACCACCGAAAUGUCUGGUAGACGGAGGAGUGCAAGAGGUAAGAAAGAGGAUAAAAUGACAUCUAAUCUUACAGGAGCAUCUGAAAAACCAGAGGAGGCUACAUAUGAGAUUUUAGACUCUGUGGAGGAUGAAACUGCCAAUGAUGAACCACUCUUAACAAGAUCCACCAGAGGAAAAAGGGAAAGAGCCACUAGAAAAGAUACUUCAGAUGAGAAAACAAAAGAGGACAAGGCAGUGAAAAUGAGACACACUCCUGUCAGAGAAUCACAGGAACAAAACAAGGAAAGAACACCAAAUAAAGAGGAGAGAGCCCCUCUAAAAGGUAGCACACCAUCAAAGAAGAGUGACGAUGAGGUAAAAGAGGAAAUUGACUUGGAUGCUACCUAUGAAGUAUUCGACUCUGUGGAGGACGAGGAGGUUAAGGGUGAUCGGCCCGCUACAAGACGAAAAGGAAGAAGGGGAAGACCGAAGAAAGUUGUUAAACCAUCCAUAAAAGACACAACAAAGGAGGCUGAAAAAGUGGCUGAUGAAGAAGAAGAAGAAGCAACAUAUCAGAUUCUUGAUUCUGUGGAGGACGAUAUGGUUAACGAUCAGCCCCUCACAGGACAGUCAGACGUGAAAGAUUCCAGCAACAAUGACGACCAAACGAGGAAAAGUGAAUCUCUUGCAGGAGCAUCCAAAAAUGAGGAGGAGGAAGAGCCUAUGUAUCAGAUCAUAGACUCCCUGGAAGACGAUCAAGGUCAAGAAGAGCCGACAGCCACAGAGAACAAGACAAAAGAUGAAACCCCUUCAAAAGAAGAGGCACCACCUGAAAAAGAAGACACAGCAACAUGUGGCAGUACAGUUAUGGAGGGAGGUGCCGAAGAGCUGGUGACUCUGGAUGAGGUGGGAGCAGAUGAGGCUGGAGAGGAAAGAGCGCCAGAGAGCCAAGAGAUGGAUGAGGAGAUCACGGAGGGGGAGCUGCAAGCACUUGUUACCCUGGACGAGUUCAUAGAAGAGGAGGAUGACAAUGAAGAGGCCAAGCAAAGCACACUAGAGACCCGCCCACCCAGCCAGGAGGACGAAUCAGAGGACUUCUUAAACUCAGAGACUUUGGUGACUUUAGAUGAAGCUGGCAAUAAUGACGAGAAGCCGGAGGAAGAGCAUACUGACAAAACCUCCUGUACCGUCCAACACCAUGGUGAUACAGUUUUAGACGAAAGUCUGACCUUUGUGACGCUAGACAAGGUGGGAGCGGUGGAAGAGGAGGAGGAAAUGGAAGCAGUAAAAACCAGGAGAAGAGGACGUGGCAAGAAGAGAAGCAGAUGGACCCCUGUGAAAAAAUCUACCGGAGGGAAAACCGUGACUGCAAUAGACGAGAGAGAAGAAGACUUGGAACCAGCGAGCGCUGAUGUUCUGCCUCCAACUCCACUCGAUGCGUCCUCGUCACCGGACAAAGGUCCGUCCAUGUCUUCAACUGACGGCCAGCCGGAGACCCAGAAGGCCGAGGUGGACGCAGCGAGCUCGGCUGACAUCCAGGCAGCCUCUGCUGGACAAGAGCUGCAGCCGGAGCACCCUGAGAACCAGACACUGGAGGGACGUGUGGAGGAAGGAGAGAAGGAAAAGAAGGAAGGAGGGAACAGGGCGGACAUUAAAGUUUUGAGUAAAGUGAGGAGGGAGCCUGUUGGACGUGGAGCAAAGACAUCUCGUUCUCAGUCUCCUUUUGUCACUACUGCCGUCAAACAGCCGUCAUUCGAGGUGAGACCAAAAAACACAUAACAUCUGGAAACCUAU